GGAUCUGGGCGCGCACGCCGACCGUGAGGAGCCCGCCGGAAAGCACAGACUAUGGCGCUGAAACGGAUUAAUAAGGUGAUACCCAGCUGCUGUGACACCACUUUAAUGACUUAAAAGCUUUAGAGAGGCAAUAUAAUGGUUAAGAGUGUGAACUUUGGAGCAGAAAUGCUCAGGAACUUAGUGAUUUGGCCCGUGACCCUCCAGCACAAUGUUCUGCAGGUCCAGUUGGAGAUGAUAUGUUUCAUUGGCAAGCCACAAUUAUGGGACCUAAUGACAGCCCAUACCAAGGCGGUGUCUUCUUUUUGACAAUUCAUUUUCCUACAGACUACCCCUUCAAACCACCUAAGGUUGCAUUUACAACAAGAAUUUAUCAUCCAAAUAUUAACAGUAAUGGCAGCAUUUGUCUCGAUAUUCUAAGAUCACAGUGGUCUCCUGCUUUAACUAUUUCUAAAGUUCUUUUAUCCAUUUGUUCACUGCUAUGUGAUCCAAACCCAGAUGACCCCCUAGUGCCAGAGAUUGCACGGAUCUAUAAAACAGACAGAGAUAAGUACAACAGAAUAUCUCGGGAAUGGACUCAGAAGUAUGCCAUGUGAUGCUACCUUAAAGUCAGAAUAACCUGCAUUAUAGCUGGAAUAAACUUUAAAUUACUGUUCCUUUUUUGAUUUUCUUAUCCGGCUGCUCCCCUAUCAGACCUCAUCUUUUUUUAAUUUUAUUUUUUGUUUACCUCCCUCCAUUCAUUCACAUGCUCAUCUGAGAAGACUUAAGUUCUUCCAGCUUUGGACAAUAACUGCUUUUAGAAACUGUAAAGUAGUUACAAGAGAACAGUUGCCCAAGAUUCAGAUUUUUUUAAAAAAUGGAGCAUGUGUAUUAUGUGGCCAGUGUCUUCACUCUAACUUGGUUAUGAGACUAAAACCAUUCCUCACUGCUCUAACAUGCUGAAGAAAUCAUCUGAGGGGGAGGGAGAUGGAUGCUCAGUUGUCACAUCAAAGGAAGCAGCAUUAUUCUAGCAGCAUCCAUUCUUGUUUAAGCCUUCCACUGUUAGAGAUUUGAGGUUACAUGAUAUACUUUAUGCUCAUAACUGAUGUGGCUGGAGAAUUGGUAUUGAAUUUAUAGCAUCAGCAGAACAGAAAAUGUGAUGUAUUUUAUGCAUGUCAAUAAAGGAAUGACCUGUUCUUGUUCUACAGAGAAUGGAAAUUGGAAGUCAAACACCCUUUGUAUUCCAAAAUAGGGUCUCAAACAUUUUGUAAUUUUCAUUUAAAUUGUUAGGAGGCUUGGAGCUAUUAGUUAAUCUAUCUUCCAAUACACUGUUUAAUAUAGCACUGAAUAAAUGAUGCAAGUUGUCAAUGGAUGAAUGAUCAACUAAUAGCUCUGCUAGUAAUUGAUUUAUUUUUCUUCAAUAAAGUUGCAUAAACCAAUGAGUUAGCUGCCUGGAUUAAUCAGUAUGGGAAACAAUCUUUUGUAAAUGCAAAGCUGUUUUUGUAUGUACUGUUGGGAUUUGCUUCAUUGUUUGACAUCAAAUGAUGAUGUAAAGUUCAAAAGAGUGAAUAUUUUGCCAUGUUCAGUUAAAAGUGCACAGUCUGUUACAGGUUGACACAUUGAUUGACCUGACUUAUGCAGAAUUAAUAUAAGCUAUUUGGAUAGUGUAGCUUUAGUAUGCUGCACAUGACACUGGCAGCCCUGGAGUUCAUAGGUGGACUUGGGACCCAGGAGUUUUGAAACGUGUAUAUGGAGUUUAAGAAACUUAUUUUCCAGGUGCAACCCUCAUCUAACUAAAUUUUUUCUUCACCUUGUACGCUUGACAGCUGAAAAAACCAUAACACGGGAGUAAUAAUGGGUCAAAAUUUACAAAAUAAAGUACUGUUUUGGUGUGGCAGUUGUCAUGAGGCUGUGUUGAAGUGACUUAACUGUGUGGGAUAUUGAGUAUCCAUUGAAAUAGAUUUGUUCAGCCAUUGACAUGAAUGAGCAUUUAAAUGCAGCAGAUCUCAUUCCAGGUGACUUCACAUGAAUGAAUAAAAGUCAAUGCUAUUGGA